UCCAUGCAGGUGGGAGAUGAAGUGCUGUCAAUUGGAAAGAUCGCAGGCCCAAUCAUAAUGACAACAUUGCUAAUACAUUCCAGAUCAAUUAUUUCUAUGCUUUUCCUCAGCCAUUUAGGCAAAGAAGAGCUUGCUGGAGGAUCCCUUGCAAUGGGGUUUGGAAACAUUACAGGGCUCUCUGUCAUCAAAGGCCUUGCCAUUGGGAUGGAUCCCAUCUGUGGUCAAGCCUAUGGAGCCAGAAGAUAUUCAGUCCUCAGCCAAACUUUCUAUAGAGCAUUAUGUCUAUUGCUACUUAUAUCCAUACCCAUCUCGAUUCUUUGGCUAAAUGUUGAGCCCAUAUUUUUACGCUUAGGCCAAGAUCCUGAAGCUACAAAAGUCGCCAAGGUUUACUUGGUUGCCUUCAUUCCUGAACUGCUAGCUCAGUCAUUUCUCCAUCCAAUGAGGACUUUUCUAAGAGCCCAAGGCAUAAACACUCCUCUUACGAUCGCUGCUAUAUGUGCAGUCCUCCUCCACCCUUUGAUCAACUACAUUUUCACAAUAUAUUUUGAGUUAGGGGUGAAAGGGGUUGCAUUAGCCCUUGCUUGUAAUACGUUCAAUCUAAACCUGGGAUUGAUAAUUUAUAUGGUGAUGUCAGAAACUCCUUUGAAACCUUGGCAUGAUGUUACCAUUGUGUCAGUCUUCCAAGGCUGGCGGCCAUUGUUAGCGCUAGCACUGCCUAGCCUCCUUUCGGUGUGCUUGGAAUGGUGGUGGUAUGAGAUCAUGUUGUUCCUUUGUGGCUUACUCGACAACCCAAAGGCUAGCGUUGCAGCAAUGGGCAUCCUCAUUCAAACAACAGGCUUAUUAUAUAAUUUCCCAUUCUCACUAAGCAACAGCAUUUGUACGAGAGUGAGUCAGGCUUUGGGUGCUGGCCGACCAUCCUGUGCCCAUCGGGCCGCCACCAUCGGUCUCCUCAUGGCCUUUGCGUUUGGCCUCUCAGCCUUUGCUGUGAUGACAGUCCUGAGAUCAUGGUGGGGAAGGUUGUUCACUGAUGAGCCACAAAUCCUUGAUUUGAUCUCCACUGUGCUUCCAAUUCUGGGGUUAUGUGAAGUUGGCAACUCUCCACAAACAGCAGCUUGUGGUGUCUUAACAGGAACUGCACGUCCAAAAGAUGGUGUUCGCAUAAAUUUAUGUUCGUUUUACCUUGUUGGAUUGCCGGUUGCAAUUCUCACCACUUUCACAUUCAAAAUCGGGUUCGAGGGUCUAUGGUUUGGGCUUCUAGCAGCACAGAUAUCAUGUGUGUGCAUGAUGGUGUACACAUUGGUUCGAACCGAUUGGAAGCACCAGGCUAAGCGGGCUAACGAGCUCACCAUAGCUGCAGCAGGAAAAGAUGAUUUGGAAACUACCCUACUUACCUCUGAUCAUUGA